CCACCGACCUUUAAACACAAGUCUCUAGCUGCUGGAAAAUAUCCUACAGCAGCUGUAGGAUCUUUGGUUGCUGGCGUGAGCUGUGGCUGUGGCUGUGGCUGGGUGGGGAGUGGGACGAUGUUGCAGGCGCUGCUGUUGCCGGGUGUGUGGUGCAGGUGGGGGGGCCGGGCUCGCGCGCCCGCGCUCCAGGGAUCCCCGGGCCUCGCUCAGCGCCGCGCGCCCGGGCGGCAGUUGCACUCGCUGGUGUGGGGGCCGCGGGGCCUCCGCCCGGUACAGGCUGCGGCUGCAACUGCGGCAGCGGCUGGUCUUCGGGGCCUUCGUCCAGCUCCUGCCCCGCUUGGCCUACGCGGCUUUCGGACCGAGCAGCAGCAGAUGGCGCUGACGCUGUCCGACUGGGAGAAGCGGCUGCUUGAGCGUUUGUGCAGCGGGCUGCUGGGCGGAGACAGGUCGUGUCUGGCUGAAGGCAUCACCCUGGCGGAGUCGACGAACGGCCAGAAGAAGCACCUGGCUCGGCUACUGCUGCAGAAAGUGCUGGACUGUCAGAGGGAGCGGGAGCGGCUGAAUGACCAGAAACCUCUGGCCUUCAGAAUGGGACUGUCUGGCCCACCUGGUGCUGGGAAAUCUACAUUUAUUGAAAAAUUUGGGAAAAUGUUGACAGGAAAAGGACAUAAAGUUGCUGUUCUAGCUGUUGAUCCAUCUUCAAAAACCACUGGAGGUUCACUUUUGGGUGACAAAACCCGUAUGAUUGAACUUUCAAGGGAUAUGAAUGCAUAUAUUCGUCCAUCACCCACUUUGGGUACUUUGGGAGGAGUUACCAGAACUACAAAUGAAGCAAUUCUUUUAUGUGAAGGGGCAGGGUAUGAUAUAAUCCUUGUAGAAACUGUAGGUGUGGGCCAAUCUGAGUUUGCAGUGGCAGACAUGGUGGAUAUGUUUAUCUUGUUUAUUUCACCAGCAGGGGGAGAUGAACUCCAGGGAAUUAAACGUGGUAUAAUAGAGAUGGCAGAUUUGGUUGUGGUAACUAAAGCUGAUGGAGAACUCCUUGGUCCUGCGCGAAAGAUACAAGCUGAAUAUACAAGUGCUUUAAAGCUGCUUCAUAAACAGUCCAAGAGUUGGAGGCCAAAGGUGAUGCGAGUGUCUUCAAAAUACGGAGAAGGGUUUACUAGUCUCUGGGAGAAAAUGACAGAAUUCCACACUACAUUAGGUGCAACUGGUGAGUUGCAAAUAAAAAGGCAAAGACAGCAAAAGGUGUGGAUGUGGAAUAUGAUCCAAGAGAAUGUUACUGAGUAUCUCUGUAACCACCCUGCUGUCAGAAAUCAAAUUCCCAACUUGGAGGAGAAGGUUGUCAGGGGUGAUAUAACUCCUGGUCUUGCUGCAGACAUCCUUUUGAGGACAUUUUCAGAAAAAAAAGAAAUACUGUAAAUGCUGUAAAUACUGAUUAAUAUAGAUUAUAUAUUUAUGACACAUAUUUACACUGCUAAUUUCUGAUCGGCCAAAAUGUGUUAAGGAACAUUCCUGAGGAACUGAGCAGAAUUUUUAUGUUACGGAAUCUUUAUGAAGAAUUUCUUGUUUUUCUAUUGCGCGCAAAUAAAAACAUCCUUUGUACUUGUACAGAUUAUUUCUUUGAUUUUGUGCAAAAUGAUCUGGUUUCCUAUGCUGAGCUGAAGUGAUUGUAUUUCAUUCAUGAGUUUUUCAAUAUUGUUUAGUCACUAUAGAAAUUAAAAUUGUAUGAAACAGUU